CGCUGAAGCUGUGCUGCGGUUCGAGGCUGGAACAUGGCGGCAGCUUCCAAACUGGAGGAGCUGGACUUGACGCGAGAUGAAGUGGAUCGCUUUGCUAAAGCAUUUAAAGAUGAGAAAUUUAGAAAAAUGUUGUGCGAAUACGCGGAGGAAAUCUCCAGUCCGGAAAAUAAGAAGAAGUACGAAGAGGAAAUCACUCAGCUGGAAAAGGAGAGAGGCGUGGACAUCAAAUUCGUGCACCCCAAACCAGGCUAUGUCCUCAAAACCAGCGUCAACGGGGACAAGAAAUGUUUCAUCAACGUCUGCAGCAACGACUUGAUAAACAAGCCCGUUUGCAAAUCCGGAAAGGGUGCCAACGGGACGGUGGGACAGCAUUGGUCUCUUCCAUACAGUUUGGCGCCUGGGAGGGAAGAUCUGGGUGCAGGUGGCAGAAAGCACAUGAUUUACGAUGUGGUGUUUCAUCCAGACACUCUGUACAUGGCCAAUAAAAAUAAGAAGUUUAAAAAAAUGGUAGAUCAAACUUCCAUUGACAUGAUAGAGAAACAAUUAAAUGCAAAACUAGAUUUAAGAAAUGUUAAGACUUUAAAAGUCAAAUACAAGGGGUUGCCUGAGGCACCUGUCAUCCGCAAACCUAUUCCUGGUGGUCCCAAAGAGUCUCCAGAAGCAGACAACCCUUUAAAGUUCCCUUAUCCCUUUGAUCCUCUAAAGUCAGAAAAUACCUCUGGGAAUGGCACGAAAGCUAAAACAAUGAGCGAGAGUUCAAAAGCUGCUGCAAAAGACAAGAAUAUGAAAACGCAAGACAGCAAAUUCACCCAACCCAAAUACUCCAUUAUUUACAGAUCGCAUUUUGAUUUGCAAGAUUAUCGAUAUGCUCGUGAAGCUGUUCCCAGCACUAGACCUAAAGAACUGGUGAUCACUAUCAACCUCCCUUUGCUUAAGUCUGCAGAGGAUGCUUGCUUAGAUGUAACCAAGAAACUGUUAUGUUUGGAGUCGCAGAAACCAGCUUACAAGCUUGAUUUGCCUCUGUCAUAUCCAGUAGAUGAAAAUCUGGGGUCAGCUAAAUUUAACAAAUCCAAGAGACAGCUUGUGGUUACUUUGCCUGUGCUGCCUGUGAAGCAAGCCUGUGUCCUAGAAAUCGAACAAGAUCACGGUAGUGAUUUUGAUCAAACAAGGAAGAACAAUGAGUCCACAGAGAUUGGCCAGUCACACUGUGAAUCAGAAUCCUUUCAGCUUGAAGGACAUUCCCAUUACCAAAAUGAAGAGUGCACUGGUGCUUUCGUAAAUCCUGAAGGUGAGUUUGAAUGGGUUAAUGCCUUACAAGGUUCCAAUUUGGAAAAAUCUCAGAAGAAUAAACACCUUGAACUCAGCCAAGUAAAAACAACUACUGAUUCAGUUGUUAAAGAAUCUGCAUCAGUUUCAAAUAAUAGUUUUGUAAAAACAAAUGAUGUGAUUGCUUGUCCCAAACUUCUUUCAGAGGUAGAUUCUGAUGAACAGAAAAAUGGCCCCAAAGAAGGUACAGUUGCUUUGAGUGGUCAGGACUUUCCUGGGUCUAUGGAAAAAGUAUGCAGUUAUUCUGCGGGUGGGCAAGUAAAUGAUCAUCUCCAAGUAGAUUCAUCUGCAAACACUGAAUUCUGCUCAGAUGACUGUUUAAAGGAAACUGAACCAGUGUGUCCUGGUUUCCAUUACCAUCAAAAUGAAGACUCUAUUACAUUCAUACUGCAAGUGCGAAAUAUUAAAGAAGAGAGUUUCAAGUCAGUGCUUCAUAGUCACGAAUAUAGUGUUAUAUUUGGGACACAAGAUUCUGAUGCCUUGUACUCCUUGAUUGUUCAGUUUCCUCCAGAACAUCAGCUGGAUGGCACAGAAACUAUACUUAAUAUAUCUAAAGACAAUGCUGCAGUGGUGUUAGUAAAAUCAUCUGAGUGUCGAGGCUUGUGGCAAAGCUUUCAUGCUGGAGAUACACACAACUGUUUACAGAAGAAGUUGUUUGUAACUUCGGAAAAUAUUGAUCAAUUCCUGAGUACUUCCUUGGAGGAUCCAGUCCCAAACGACCUAACUGAAAAACAUCCUGUGGUAAUUAACGUGGCGGAAGUCAGUGAAAGUGGCCUUGUUAUUCAUUCUAAGUUUCAGCAACAAGAGACUAAUAACACCAGCUUUCAUGGAUCUUCUGUGAAACCAGACAGAAUUAACCACAAUGAAACUUGUAACCUUGGAUCAAAUAUUCAGCAAUGUACAGAAGAAAUCUGCUUCUCUGAAUCUACUGCAAGGGAUAACAGAUUGGCUAAGGAGACACCUUUGGAAAAUGAUGCUGUAGGGUUUGUAUCUAGUCACAGAGACCAGUUAGUUGCUGUGUCAGAAGCUUACAAUAAUUUUACACAGGCAUCUAACACAGCAGAAGGAACUAUAAUGAAAAUUCCAAGGGAUGAGAUGGAUCAGUUGACUCUCAGUAACUGUUUGACUCCAGUUGAUGGGAGUAAACUUAUUAGUGAGGUUGAAAAUAAAAGUCAGUCAAUUAUACCAUCCUCACCCCUCAGUAUGGCAACUGCUGAGGAUCCAGUAUCAGUGAACUGUAAAAAGUCAGUCAAUUUUAAAAGAUGUGUAAAAGUGGAGGAUGAUAAUGUACUUGAUGAAGAUGACCUUCCAACUGACCAGAAGAAUGGAAACCCUCCUGAGUUUAUUAAGCCUGCAGCUGCACCACAAAUUCUUCAGGAAAUCAAUCCUGCUGAUGAAAGUGUUAAGAUUAUUAGUGACCAUAAAACACAUUCUGCAUUCAAAUUCCAAAAUACUGAGUUAUAUCAACUAGAUUAAAGAAAUGUUUGAUCUGUUUAGAAAGGAAACUUUAUUGUACAGUAACUGAUCUAACACUUAGUUUAUUCAGACUCUUGCAAUACUAAGAUUGGGUUAUAUUUUAAAAUUUAAAGCUGUAAUACUUUGUAUUCAAGGUUGGUUUGCAUUUUUACAUUGUAUACCAAAUCACAAAAUAACUUUGAAUCUUUUAGCUGAUGGCCAUAUAAUAGGAGCUGAACUAGUAAAUUCGAUGACUAUAAUUUGUGAUUUGUGAUUAAGUCUUCAGGAGUUAUUUAGUAGUUCCUAGACAACUUCUUAGGAACAGCGAUUUUAAAUAGGUCCAGGUUUGUAUCAUAAUACCUAUUUUUGUUGAAUUGAAGUUAAUUAACUUUAGCUGGCAAGUAUAAUUUACAAAAAAGUACCUUGUUUAUUAAAAUUGUUUUAAUUCCUACAUUUGGAUGAUAUAAUUGCAAUGUCAAAACCAAUUUGCAAUUUAAUAAAUUAUAUUUUGAAUCA